AUAUAGGGUCGAACGCUUUUUGCGUUCUUUUCUUUAAUUAAAGAAGAAAAAGGCUACAGUAAGUGCCAAAUAAGCAGCGAGGUGGCGCCCGAUUAUAGCUCCACGACAUUUGUACGAGAAUGAUAUUUGUCUGACUCGGUCCAGCCUGUAAACGGUAAUCAGUGUCCGUACAGGUUAAAAGCUCAUCCGUCAUCCUAUAAGAAUAACGAAAAUGACGGAUUUACCCAUCUGCUCUACAUCUACAGCCUGUAGAACCGGAGCUUUAGUUUAAACCUUAUUACACGACAACUCUUGACGCGGAGCUCGUCAGUCGUCACUCCAUUCUCCCACGAGAGGUCUUUUCUUUUUUUUUUUGAAAAUGGCGGCGAUGAAAUACAAAGGAGGCGUUCUCAUCACAAUCUUCUUCUUCUCCAUCGUUCUUUCUCCAUGCUUACUUGCUCACUCUUCUUCUACAAAAUCGUUCUUUUGGUUACAAGAAAUAGAAGAUAUGAAAGCCAUGAAAAAGGAGAAUGAGAUUGGUGUUGUUGGAUCAGCUAAUGAAGUUGAAGAACGACAAGUUCCGACUGGAUCUGACCCUCUUCAUCAUAAACGCAUUCCCUUUACUUCUCCGUAGAUUAAUUGCUUCUACAUCUUCUGUUUCACAUAAUUCUUAGUAGUUUGUAACACUUUUACGUUCACUUUGUCGUCCGAGUCUUAAAUUAAUUUCAGGUUUUUAAACGAUGAACUUCGUUAGUGUAUAACAUUUCAAUUGAUCAAGAAUCGUACCAAUCUUUUUGUCAUCUUCUGAGAAAUAUGUAGGCGAAAUAUUUGUGGAUGCUGAGAAAUAUUGUCAUCUGAAAAUGACAACCAUAUCUAUGAGAUCUGAUUUUAAUUUAAACAACCAUAAUUUGUAUUUUAAAUUAUAAAUUAAAAGCCAUAAUUAGGCUAUUAUCCUCUUAUCUAAGGUGAAAAUACUAGAAGAUAAGAUUUGUGGUUGGAAGUCCUUAUGAAAUCUUAAAACAUAUUGUACCUAAAAUUCUGGUCAAUUUUCAAAAAAUUGCUUACCUAAUAUAUUGGUCAAAAAUUAUUAACACCUAAUACAACUAAACCUUUAAUGGUUAUUUUCAUGAGCCAAAACCAGAAUCUAAAUCUGAGUGUAAAUCACUAAUUUUGAAAACAUUAAUUAGAACUCUAUCUUUUAUUUAAAUGCGAUUUAUGAUCAAUAUAUAAUAGGUCGACAAAAUAUAUAUAAUAUGAUAUAAACUAGAUAAUAAAAUUGAAUGUGAUCAAAUAAAAUUUGUAACAUAGUUUUAAAUAGUGUAAUUUAUUUU